AUGAAUCUGAGACUAUAUCUAAGAGAGUUUGAGAAAAGUUUCGAUAUGGAAAAAGCAGUGUGUAACCACGGUUUUUUCAUGAUGGCGCCAAACAUUUGGAACCCUAAAACAAAGUCACUAAGUCGGCCUUUAACCGUUUCAAACUCGUCUUCGGUCAACGUGACCAUCUCUCAUCCUCGCACUCUCUCUUUUCUUGUAAUCCAAGUUCAUGGCAUCAACAAUGUCUCAAGAGUAGACGAAGAACUCAUCUUGCAACAAGUGGCGAGGAUGCUUAGAAUAUCACCCGAGGACCAACGUGACGUGACCAAGUUUCAAGAAGUCUAUGAAGCCGCAAAGACGAGUGGUUUUGGUCGAAUCUUCCGCUCACCAUCUCUCUUUGAAGAUAUGGUAAAAUCUAUCUUGUUGUGCAAUACUACUUGGGAGAGGACACUAGGUAUGGCUUCUAAACUCUGUGUCUUGCAAUCAAAGCUAGCCGAUGGCACGGUAAGGCCGCCCUCUUCUCGUCAAUAUAAAAAGAGGAAAUUAGUCCCGAAACCUAGGAAAGAAACAAGGGGAAACUUCCCUAGUGCCAAGGAAUUAGCGAGUCUUACCAAAGAAUUGAUUAAUGAGCAUUGUAAACUUGGUUAUAGAGCAAACUGGAUAGUCAGACUAGCAAAAAUGGUCGUGAGCGGGAAACUGAAUCUUGAAGAGAUGGAAAGUAGAGAGAUGGAAGCAGAACAAGUUAUUAAGAAACUGAUGAACUUGAAAGGCUUUGGUUCUUUUGUAACUGCAACGGUGCUUAUGUGUCUUGGUUAUUACCAUCUUGUUCCAUCCGAUACCGAGACCCUAAGACUCUUACGAGAGGUGCAUGGAGAGGAGGAGUAUUCGAAAGAGACGCUAGAGAAAGCAGCACAAUCAUUCUAUGACAAAUUCUCUCCAUUCCAGUCUUUGGCCUACUGGUUUGAUCUAAUCCAAAGCUAUGAAACAAAGCUUGGCAAGCUUAGCGAGUUGAGUCAGUGUGACUACAAGAGUGUUGGAGGAUGUUCUUACAUCAAGGCAGACCAGAUGAAUAUCUCUCUUUCUUUCUAA